AUGCCUCCCAAAGCCGGCAAGAAGGUCGCUCCCGCCCCUUUCCCUCAGGGUAAGGCUGGCAAGAAGGCCGCCAAGAACCCUCUCCUCGAGAAGCGACCCCGCAACUACGGUAUCGGUCAGGACAUCCAGCCCAAGCGAAAUGUCUCUCGCAUGGUUAAGUGGCCCGAGUAUGUCCGUCUUCAGCGCCAGAAGAAGAUCCUUCAGAUGCGCCUGAAGGUUCCCCCGGCUCUCGCUCAGUUCCAGCACGUCCUCGACCGCAACACUGCUGCCCAGGCUUUCAAGCUCCUCAACAAGUACCGACCUGAGACCAAGGCCGAGAAGAAGGAGCGUCUCCUCCAGGAGGCUACCGCCGUCAAGGAGGGUAAGAAGAAGGAGGAUGUCUCCAAGAAGCCCUACACCGUCAAGUACGGUCUCAACCACGUUGUCGGUCUGAUUGAGAACAAGAAGGCUUCUCUCGUCCUCAUCCCCAACGACGUCGAGCCCAUUGAGCUCGUUGUCUUCCUUCCUUCUCUCUGCAAGAAGAUGGGUAUCCCUUACGCCAUUGUCAAGGGCAAGGCCCGUCUCGGAACGGUCGUCCACAAGAAGACCGCUGCUGUCCUCGCCAUCACCGAGGUCCGCUCUGAGGACAAGACUGAGCUCUCCAAGCUCGUCUCCGCUGUCAAGGACGGUUACCUUGAGAAGCACGACCAGGCCCGCCGACAGUGGGGUGGUGGUAUCAUGGGUGCCAAGGCUCAGAUGAAGAUCAUCAAGAAGCAGAAGGCUCUCGAGGCUGCUACCAAGAUCUAA